AUGGUGUUUCCUGAGAAGAAUCCUAGGAAGGAUCCCCCUAGUAGUACUCGUGGUUGGUCUCGUCGGGCUUCUGUUCGAGGUAGGUCCAAUACGACUACUCAUAGUUCAUCUCGUCCCCCUCCCCAGUCCACUCCGGCUCAACCGUCCCGUGGUAGUUCACGCCCACCGGUCCGCUCGGAACAACCCCGUCCCCCUCCUAGUUCAUCUCCGUUCGUAGAACCGCAGGUUAGGACAUCUUGGGCCGAUCAGAUGGCUUCGGAAGGUUCGAAAACGGUAUCGAAGACGAAGAAGAAAGAUGGACAAGGAGCAGAGGCUGAGGUUUCGACAGCGACUUCGACGUCGGGCGUGGAAAAUAAGAAGUCCCAGGGCGUACAGGAAGUGCAGGAAGUGGAGGAAGAGAUGGAUACGUCGGAAGUCAGCAAGGAGAAUCCACCUUUAGUUCAUAAUGUUGACCCAGGGGAUUGGGCUCCAACUACGAUGGCCCCCACUCAGCCAACUUUUACAGUGCCAGGCACAUCGUGGGAGACGGCAAUUGCGGCUGGAAAGAACAUCCAGAGGGAUAGAGAAGAGAAGGACGAAGCCCUCAAAAGAAGGAAGGAGAGGAUGGAAGCCGUCGUUACGUUCUUAGAAGAGUACAUGGACAGGAGAGACAGGCAGAGAGAAAGGGAAGGAAGAGCGGAACCGCCUCUCAGAGUCAAUCCUGCGCCUAGUACACUACAACGUAGGCCCAUUGUGACCCCUCAUAGUACAUUCCAGGUUGAGCCGUAUACUGUCGAAGAGCUUACAGCUCGUCAGUUCAGAACGGUCUUUGAUUAUAUUACUACAAACAAUGUCCUCAGGGACAGAAUCAGGAAUAUUACAGUACCAGAUAGAGAAACUACUCCAGCUCGUCCUUCGGACUUUGAAUUAGUCUCCAGAAUAGUCCACCUACUCCAGACACUUCUUGAGAUAGUUCAACAUACCACUCAAUCUUUUCAUAAUUUGGCUGUCAUUCUAGUUCGUAGGCAACCACUCGAGAUUAGGUAUACUCACCUCAUGGGUUGGAUCCAUGAACUGACUCAUAGCACCACAGCUAUGACAGUGAAUAGAGACCAACUCCAGGAGUUGAUUCUACCUAGACUACUCCAGUGGUCGCAUGACCAAGACUACUUCAGAGCCACAUUACAACUUUUCGGUAUUACAGAAGACACCCUAAGGGAAAUAUUGAUGCAUAGUUCAGCUGUUCAUGCACAUGCUACUCGCAUGAUCAGGGUACUAGAGGCCCAUCAGAUGGUGCACAUCUUCAAUCGAAGAAGAGUGCGAGUUACUUCAGAAGAUGAAGAAUACAGGCUUAAUUCAGCGGUUAGCAUGCCUCCUCCUUGGCCGGAAGAACCCGAAUCUUAUAUUCAAUCCCUUAGAUGGUGGCGUGACAACUAUUCCCAUGCCCUUAUGAUCAGGACCACGGAAGAAUAUCUCCAGAUUUCGAGGAUCGAUAGAAUACUUCAAGAGCAGGCUCAAGGACUUCAACAACGUCCCGCUCCACAGGUCCCACAGCGUCCCCUAACCCAAAUAACGGUUCCCAAGUUGCCCCCUCCAACCGCAUGGCCAACGUCGGACCCCCUCGUGCCCCCGGAGGCUGGACAUCCGUCCACUUCAGCUGCUGGUCGUCGCGAGGAAUCUCAAGCUUUGGGAAAAAGGAAGCGUGGAGACGAUAGUUCAGCUCCAGAAACGAGGCCGCCUCCGGUUAAAACACGCCGUACUCCCCCACGCAGGUCUCCGAGUCGUAGUUCAGAUCGCAGACCAGUGAGCCGUGGCCCUCCGGCCCCUAGUCGUUCUCGUUCCAGGUUCCCCACUCGUGCGGCCCCAUCGGAAAGUCACGGGAAGGUCGAGCCGUGUGCCUUCUGUCAUGGCACAGGGCACUACUCGUCGGACUGUGACAAGUACCCGUACGUCAGUUCCAGAGCGCACUUGGCCGAGAGUUUCGGACUCUGCUGCAACUGUCUCAAGCCGCAUUAUGGAAUCUGCAUCCGCAAGGACCCGUGCAGUGUGUGUCAACAGGAAGGUCAUCAUCGUGCGUUCUGUAAUAGGAACCACUUCUCGGUUUUCGAUAUCGACGACCCGCCGGAGCGAUUCUUCGACGAUCUCCGAUUCAGGACCUACAGAGAGCCUCCACCUGGUGCAGCAACGCGUCGGCCCUACCAGUGUUCCUAUCGAGAGCGUAGUCGGACAGAAGAGCAGGAACGUUCAGGACAGUCGGAUCGUCAGCCACCACCUCCGGAGCGAGAGCGUUCCCCGGAACCCUCGACCUCGGGAGCUUAUAGAGACAUGGGGUUCUCGCCGGCCAAUAGUGAUGAGUCAUGGUAG